GCGGGGCUUGUUUCAGCACGAGCAUAUUUUAAUGUAACAUACAAAACAAAAAAAGUUUGGGAUUACUGAUGCAACAAUUCAGCUUCUGACUGCUCGAACGAAAAUGUCUGAGUUAAGUGAUGAAUCCAGUGAGUCGGAGCAGCUGGGGGCCAGCCUCUCCCUGUGGCUGGGGGACCCCCUGGUGCAAGCGGAGGAGCUGAACGUUCCUCUGGACCUUCACACCGCCUGCUCCAUCGGCCAGUACCGGGUGGUGGCUGAAUGUAUUCAAACGCGUGAGGUGAACCUGGACGGGAAGAACAUCGGAGGAUGGACCCCGCUCAUGUACGCCGCUUACAUCGGUCAUGACAACAUAGUGAAUCUCCUGCUGGAGGCUGGUGUGAACGUGAACGCCUCCACCUCUAAAGGACUGACCUCUCUGAUGCUGGCAGCCAGCUGUGGGAAUGAAAGCAUUGCAUACUUUCUGCUUCAGCAUGGAGCUGAGCUGGAGCUGAAAGACUCUCGAGGUUGGACGGCUCUGUUUCACUGUACGAGCACAGGUCAUCAGCAGAUGGUCAAGUUCUUGCUGGAUAACAACGCCGAUGCCAAUGUGAAAGAGCCAGGAUCCGGGUUCACUCCACUGAUGGAGGCUGCUGCUUCGGGGCAUGAAAUCAUCGUUCAUUACUUGCUGGACUAUAAAGUUAAAGUUGAUGACCGAAAUGCUAAGGGGGAGACGGCCCGUGCCCUCGCCGCCAUUUAUGGUUAUACCAAGAUCGUCAGUCUCAUUGACUCACGUUUGCCAAGAAUGAGACCAGGACACCUUGAAGACCUCAGCUCCUCGGAGGACUCUGAUGGCGGUCCGCCGAGAAUUCGACCAAGUCGCAGUCGAGCUAAAGGCAUCAGCAUCCACGAUGGACCUCAGGCCAUCGCCAAGUUUAGAGUAGGAGGCACAAGCAAGCUUGGUGAGCCUUCAGCUGCAGCUCCAGGCUACACGAUUCCAGGCAUUGCGGAGCGGAGUGAAGGCAUCUGCCACCGCGAUGUGACGUCACCGAUCAAUGAGCUGGACGGCCAGAGCCACAGCAGCAGAGAUGACAGCCCGUUCUUUGAGAACGACAUGCCCACCAUGAGGAGCAGCAGCAGCAGCAGUGAAGGCCUGCCUCAUGUGAUCAACUGUGAAGGCUCCGUGGAGAGUAACGAGGUAACAUUUGAGAACUCUGUACUUCUCUUCUACGUGUCGUUACUGCACGUGUUCUGUUUUCAGGACUCAGACCCGUGCAAAAGGAGCAGCUCUCGCAGAGCUACAAAGAGCCAUCACUCGAAAGGAAAGAGUCGCCAUGGAAACGCGGAUGCUGGUCACUCCAGCGGGUCUGGCAACUGUUGUAAAUGCGCGCCUCCAUCCUACAACGGUCCAAAGGACCUUGCAGAUUUCUUGGAGCAGAUCGGCUUUUCGAAAUACCUCCCGCUGCUUGAAGAACAGGACAUCGACCUACGGAUAUUUCUCACCCUGACGGAAAACGACCUUAAAGAAAUAGGGAUCACGUUGUUUGGACCCAAACGUAAGAUGACUUCAGCCAUUGCGCGGUGGCACAGCAACGCCCGACCUCCAAGUGAUGCCCUGGAACAAGCUUAUGCUGACCAGCUUGAGGCGGAGAUGCAAGAAAUGGCCAUUCAGCUGCAUAAGCGCUGCGAGGAGGUGGAGAGCCUGCAGAGUCAGGUGUCUCAGGAGAAGGAGCUGCGAACAGUGAUGGAGGGAUGCCUGAUGGAGGACAAAAUGGCGUGGAAGAGGGUCCACACUGAGUUGGUGGAGAACCACCGGUUGGCUCAGGAUGUAAACGCAACCCUGGUGAAGGCGAGAGCCUGUCGAACUGAACUGUUCUCUCAUCUAGCAACCCUCGAGAACAGAAGUCUGGAAGGUGAUGGGAAAAAGAAAAAUCCAGAUGAAGUUUGUCUUGCUUUAGGUGAGGAUAAACAACAGUGGUCCAAUAUACAAGAGCUGAUGAAGAAGCUGGACUCCUAUGAACAAGAACUUGAAGGAAACCUGCAAACUGUACUUCAGAGUCUGAGGCGGCUGAGUUCACCGGAAAGAGUGUCAGACAGCUGGGAGCGACCUUGAGCCCUACAGGGUCCACGCCCAUAUUUGACGGAGGGUGAUGCAACCACCCUGAACAAAUCUCAGUGAACGGGAGGAGGCCAGUCCGGCUGCAGCAGACGUGCAGCUCGGUCCUGGACCGGAGCUCGCCAGGAGAAGAUGAGUGCAACGCAGGAGACGCAGAGCGGAAAGGGAACCUCACCUGUGCAAGCUGGAAUUCUACUGUAAUGCAGACAAAGCACAGAGACGGAGGGUGGCAGUUUGACAAUUCUUUUCCUGUUUUUAAAGUGUGGCUCAGAAGCAAAUACAUUCAGGAAUAUUACAAUGAAAUGUCACAUUUGUGCUUUAGAUUUUU